GGGUCUGCCGAUGUACACGCCCCAGUCUCGCCUUUUCCUUUGUGUAGAAUGCGGGCAUCACACACUAUUUGGGUCUUGUAAUACGUGUCGACCUUCGUUUGCUUGAGGGCAUUUCCCUUUGGCGUUUAGUUAGAGGAGCCACGCCGGCUUCUUUUUGGAUUCAUUUUUUCCUUCUCCCGUGACGCCCAUCACCGCUCUCCCCGCACUCCACAGGUGUUUGUCCCGCUGCAUGAAGCGCCUAUCGUUUGACGCCCACCGCGUCGGCGCCGGCUCCCGCUCCCCGCCCCCCUCCCUGCGCCGACCGACCACCUCCGCCCCUCUCCCCAGCGGCGACGCCGUUUUUUCCUCGCCGCCCUCGCGACGGGUGCGCGGCGACGCCAUGAACAUCCACAGCAGCCACGUCACCAGCAGCAGCAGCAGUGGACGCUACGGCGUCUCUGCCCCUGCGCCGCCGUCGCUGGCGGUGUCACCGAGAGUGGAGACUACGACCACGCCGACGACAUCAGCAGCGGCAGCGCCACCCACACAGCUGCGUCUGCGGAGUAAGUCCGCUACGCAGCGCCGCACCGCCGUCGCAACGCCGGGGGCGGGCCACAGUGGUCGUGACGGUGCGGGAGGGCACAGCGCCCGCGCGGAACCACCGCGUCCAAACCCCCGUGGUCGACGAGGUGAAAACGUAGGCGACGUGAGCGCGGUUCCCACGCAGGAAGGGGCUGCGCAGCACAUGCGAGCCCGCAAAGUAGACGGCGGUGCCCCCUCUGCGCGGCGGGCCGCGACGUCGGCCGCUUCGCCCACCCCUGCUAUUGCGGUGGCCCCAUCUACGAACUCUUCCGCAGGGCUGACGAACUACCAAGCACUGCAGCGGGUCCGGAUGAUGGUCGUGGCUCCGACGACGACAUCUGCCAGCGAGGCUGCUGUCCGUGGACGUAAUACAAGUAGUAGCGGCAACAGUCCUGGCCACGUCUCUGCUGCGGUGCAUGCGAGGGAAGGGGAGGUCACAUCCCCGCUGACGUCGCCUACCGUCGCCUGCACCCCACCGCGUGGCCGCACCCACAUCAGCAACUCCUGCCCUUUGCCACCGAUGCUGAAUCAAGCGCGGACCCCGGUGUCGCUGAGCUCCUGCGAAGCCUCCUCCUCCUCCAACCCGAGCCGAUCGCUGUGCUUCGUUCCGCUGCUGCGCACGCCGUCAGCCACACCGGAGCGGGGGGCCGAGUCCCCCGCGAUGCAGCAUCGCGUGCCUCCGCUGAUCAAGUUCACGCCGCCGAGUCAGCCGCUGUUGUCGUCUCCGGUGGAGUCCUUCAGCCCGCCGACGCCGCCGAUUGUGGCCCACUCGCAGCAGCACCAGAACCUGCGUGGUGCCGCGCCUUCCAACUGGUCGAGCUCUACGCUGACGGACUCCGCCGUUACGCCGCACGGCGGUGACUGCCUCACCUGGACUCCGUCGGGCAGCCUGAGCGACGACCUGAGCACCCAGCCAUCGCAGCAGCCGCAGCAGCAACAGCACGCCUUCUCACAGGUGAUGGCAAGCGCAAAGGAGGAGCGGCGGCCGCGGUCUCUGCCCUCUCACGGCCGCUUCAGCACGAGCGAAGGGCGGCCACUACUAACCGCAGAACGGCAGUUCCCGCCCCUUCUCGCGCCGCAGAGUCACACGGUGGUCGUGCCGGCACAGAGCGUACUACCGGGGAGCCCCUCAACUCCUGUCUCGUCGUCUCCUGCGGGGUCUCCGACGGAGAUGGGCGGCGGCGCUGCGGCCAUGCGACCACCGCUCGCACGUGACGCCGCCGUUGCCUCGGCAGGCACGUACCCCAUCCACGCCCCCGCCGCACUGCUACUACCACCACCGCAGCCCAUCCUGCACAAGCCCACCGCAGUGAGGAGGGCAUCACCACCUGUAGCAGCCGCACGCGACCAGCACGCGGCCGCGACGGCAUCGCCCAAUCCACUGCGCCCACCGCGAGCAAACGCUAUCGCGUCCCACCUCGUCAGCACCUCCACAGACCGUCGGCCGCUGAUCGGCGCGUCAGCGGGCUCCAACACAGCCGCGGCGACCGCAGCAUCAACCAGCACCGUUCGCACUGGCACGAAGUCGCCCGCCGGAACACUCUCCACCGAGGCGGCGAAGAAGGCGAUGAAGGACCGCCGGCGGCGUGAGCUCUACGCGUGGAACGAGCAGCUGCGUCUUAAGAACGAGGCGGGUGUUCAGGAUGCUGUGUGA